UUCAAUGCAUAAGCUUAGUUAUAUCUUCAAUCAAAGUCUCUUAUCUCUUCUCUUUGCUUACCUGCAAUUCUUUUGCAUUUUGCUCUCACCAUUUUUCUGCUCUCGUACCCUUUGCAAAGAUUCUCUAUGGCCUUUCUAGGUGAGAUUGGAUCAGCAUUUCUCAAAAGUGCUGUUGAUCUUUUGGUCCAUAAGUUUAAUUCUCCUGAGGUUCAGCGGUUCUUUCAACGCCAGAAGCUGCUUGAAGGACGACUCCCAUUCAAGUUGACAACAAGUUUGAAAUCCGUCAACAGCAUACUCCUUGAUGCAGAGAGGAAGCAGACCACCAAGGAAGGUGUAAAGGAUUGGCUCGAUGAUGUUCAGCAUGUUGUUCAUGAAGCUGAGGACUUGGUGGACGUGAUUUCUUGUCAAGCUCGAGGAUCAAAGUUGAAACCUGGCUAUUUUAACACCGAGGACGAAAUUAUAAACAACUUGAAAGAUAUUCUUGAGAGACUAAGAGGGCUAGAGGAAAGGGCUCGUACACUCUGUCUGAUAAAGAGUUUUAAGGGAAGCCUCCCAUGCUUGAGCUUUGUGGAAGCUGAGUUUGGAUCAGAAUUUCUCAGCAGUACUAUUGUUCUCUUGGUCCAGCAGUUGGGUUCUCCGAUUGAAUUUCGAGGUUCCUUCAGACGCCAAAUUCUCAUCGAAGGACUCUUCGAGAAGUUGAAGGAACCUUUGAAUACUAUCAAGAUCAUGCUCCCUGAGGCUGAGACAAAGCAGAUCACCAAUGAAGACGUGAAGAAUUGGCUUCAACAAGCUACAGAUGCCGUGUAUGAAGCUGGAAAUUUGCUGGACGAGAUUGUUCAUGAAGCUAGACGAGCAGAAUUGAAAUCCAGCUCUCAAAGCUAUCUAGAUAAGAUCGAGAACGUUUUCACCUCUCUUUGUACUUCUAACGAAAACAAUAAGGAAGGGACAAUGGUAGAAAACUCAGUCAAGAUUUUUGAAAAGCUUGAAAUGUUGGCAAAAGAAGGGGAGAACCGCCACAAUCUUCUACGGAGUGAUGGACAUUCAUAUAUUGAUAAUGGUGUUUAUGGCAGGGACUAUGAUAAAGAAACCAUAAUGCCCUUGCUGCUAUCAGAAGAUGCAAAAGGUAAAAGCUUAGAAGCAAUUGUUUUAGAGGGUAUUGGCGGUAUUGGUAAAACCACCUUUGCUAAGCUUGUCUACCUUGAUAUGAAGGUACAGGAGUGCUUUGAUCUGAAAGCAUGGGUCUACGUCUCGCAAGAAUUUGAUGCUGUCAGGAUAGUAGUAGAUAUUCUGAAGAAUAUUGGUUCAUUCAGAGGUGUUACCAUGGAUGCAAAUGAGCUUCAAAAGGAGCUUAAGAAAAGAUUGACAAGAAAGAAAUUAUUGCUUGUAUUAGAUGAAGUUUGGAAGGCAGAUGAUCAGCAUGCUCAAUGGAAUUUCUUAGUCACAGCUUUGGAAUCUGCAGCAAAGGGGAGCAAGAUCAUCAUUACAACACGAGAGAUGAGUCCUACUGUAGCAUCAGUCCUGCCAUCUGUUACACCUUUUAAUUUGAAGGAAAUAAGCGAUGCUGAUUGCUGGGCCUUGUUUUUAGAACAUGCUUUUUGUGGUGAAGAAAGCCAGGCUCGUUUGUCAUUUGAUAUAAAUUUCCGUUCGAAAGUAUUGGGAAGGUGCGGUGGCAUACCUCUACGUGCAAAAAUGAUUGGGAAUCACCUUCGGUGCAAACCAGAUUUGUACUGGGAGGAAAUAUCGAGUAGGUGGGAUCUUCAACCGGUCAUUAUUCCUGCUACUAUGAAAUUAAGGUAUUAUAGAUUUCCUUCAAAUCUUAAACAAUGCUUUGUUUACUGCUCACUCUUUCCUAAGGAUCAUUCAUUUAAAAGGGAGACAAUUGUACUUUUAUGGCUGGCUAAUGGUUUUCUAGGAGGGGAUAAGGGGAAGAAAGAAGUAGGAUACGGGUACUUUCAAAAACUUGUAGCCUACUCUUUUUUUCAACAAAAAAAUGACGAUACAUCAGCCUUUGUUAUGAAUGACCUGGUACACAGUUGGGCGAAAUUUUUACGUGGAGAUUUUUCUGUCAGUUUGGAUGAUGGUGAUUCACAUAUUUUUAGCAAAGCUCGUCACUUAUGGUGUGGUAGCAAAAGGGGAUAUGAAGACCUAAAGAAUCUUGUGGGCGAUGGAUUUCACAGUUUCCGUACCAUUUUGCCACCAUCAAAUGAGUCCUUUUGGGGAGAUGUUAAUGAUGAGAAACUCAAGGCAUUCAAUCGCCUACGGGUAUUGUCUUUGUCUAACAUAAAUCAGUUGCCUGAUGUAUUUUGCUGGCUGAAACACCUACGACAUCUUGAAAUCUCUGGAGAAUCAAUAAAAAGUUUACCUGAAACUUUGUGUAUGACGUUCACUUUGCAAACAUUAAUCUUGCGCCAGUGCCCAAAUCUAGCUGAGUUACCAGCCAACAUUGUGAAGUUAACUGAACUGUGUCAUCUUGAUAUUAGAGAAACAGGAUUGCAACAGACGCCACCACAAAUGGGCAAACUAACAGAGCUUGAAACGUUGACUGAUUUUUUUGUGGGACAACAAAAUGGGUGCAGAAUUGAUGAGCUAGGAGAGCUUAGAUAUCUACUGGGAGAACUUCGUAUUUGGAACCUUCAAAAUGUUUCUCAUGGUCUAAAUGCUUCUGAAGCCAAUUUGAAGGGCAAGGAUCUUAAGAAGUUAGAGUUAAGAUGGAGUGGCAGGAGGGAUACUGACGAUUCUUUAACUGAAGAAGAUGUACUUGAAGCAUUGUGGCCUAGUGCAAAAGUGGAAGAUCUUUCUAUAAUCGGUUACGGAGGUAAAAACCUUCCAGGAUGGGUAGGACACACUUCUUUCGAAAAAAUGGUCGAUCUGAGGCUUAGUGGAUGUAAAUACUGUGUCUCUUUACCAUCUCUUGGUCAGUUAGAAUCUCUAAAAACGCUGUUGAUUGAAGACUUUUAUAAUCUAGAGUAUGUUGGUGAUGAGUUCUAUGGAAGUCCCACCACCGAAGGGAAUCCAUUCCAAUCCCUUGAAAGCCUAACUUUUGAGAGGAUGCUACAAUGGCGUGAAUGGAAAUCUAAAGGCAGAGCUUUCAGAAGCCUUCAAGUGCUUUGCAUCAGAAAGUGUCCAAGCCUAACAACACUGCCCAGCGACCUUCCUUCUUUAGUGGAGCUUGAGAUUGCAAAGUGUAAGCUUGUGGGUCCACCUUCUGGCUGGUCUCCUGCACCCAUCAGUAAAAUAAUUCUCGCUAAUGAUUUUCAUAAGGUGCAAUUAGAGAAAUUGUCUUCUGACUCGCAAAGUCUCACAGUCGAUUCAUUCCAUGCCUUCGAUUUUAUACGUCAGGAAAUUGAAGAGUGGGGUUAUGCUUGCUCUACUUUACAAAAAAUUGACAUCACUCGCUAUCCCCUCGAGUUCUUCCCACUAAAUCUUUUCCCCCAGUUAAAGCAACUUGAGAUCAGCAGGUGUCCAAAGCUCAAAUCCCUUUGUGGACCAGAGGAACUUCUUGGUGAUUCCAUGUCUACCGAAUCCUUUUGCAGUGGCUGUCCGACUUUGGAAACCCUUGCAUUAUCAAAUUGCUCAAAUUUUGAAUCAUUGUUUUGCUCCCUCCCUUCCCUUGUGAAUCUAAAAAUAGUUUCUUGUGGGAAACUUCAGUCAUUGCCUGGGAUGGAUUUCUCCGCUUCAUCAGAACCGCUUGCUGGCAACAGUAAUUGGAAUUCGGAAGCCUGCAUGUACCCAGAAUUGAAAAUUCUUUCACUAGAACGUUGCUCAAAUUUUGAAUCAUUGUUCUGCUCCCUACCUUCCCUAGUGAAUCUAAAAAUAGUUGCUUGUGGGAAACUUCAGUCAUUUCCUGGGAUGGAUUUCUCCGCUUCAUUAGAACCGCUUGCUGGCAACAGUAAUUGGAAUUCGGAAGUCUGCGAGUACCCCAAUUUGAAACUUCUUUCACUGGAACAUUGUUCAAAUUUGAAAACAGUGCAUUGCCUCCUCCCUUCUCUUGAGAAUCUGGAAUUAUAUAAUUGUGGUCAACUUGAGCCAUUUCUCGGAAUGGGCUUGUCUUCAUCUUUUGGAUUGAGUUCGCCUUCCAAAUUAAAAUCACUAGUGAUCCGAGGAUGCAGAAAACUCCUUGCUGGCUGCGACAAAUGGGGUAUGGGUAGAUUCCCUUCUCUUUCAACCUUAUCAUUAGAUUACAGUGAUGAAGUGGAAUGCUCCCUCAAGCAACGUACGUUCCUCCCCGCGCCGUUCACAUUUCUUUCAAUCUGUGAUCUUCCAAAUCUGACGUCUCUGGAACUUCAAGGGUUCACGUUCCUUUAUGGACUCGAACUCGAAGACUGCCCUAAGCUCCAAUCCUUGUCAGAAGGCAGCCUGCCUUAUGAUCUCUUCUCUCUGCACAUCAGGUCAUGUCCCUUGAUGGAACAGAGGUGUCAACAGGAUACAGGGGAAGACUGGCCCAAGAUAUCUCAUGUCCCCAAUAUAAAGAUUGGUUACCACAAUUUCAAUGUGAAGAGCAGGAGAUUGUAACCUCUGUUUAAUCCAACACAAUGAGGAUUCUUGAUGAACCUUUACUUUUGUCGAUGCACGUUGUUGAUCCUAAGUUGAUCUUACUGUAAACGGAACUCGCCCUAAGGUUGUUGAGUCCGUCUUCAGAUGUUAAACCAAUAGUUUAUGAAUUAUUAUGGGGCCUUUGUCCCGAAUGUGCAGGACCUGUUGUGGUGUUUCGAACGGUAGCCGUUUCACUUGCCUUGUGUAUUGUAUCUUCAUUGUUUUUUAGCUGUCAGAACAUCCAGAGGGCAAUAAGUGUACAGGGAUAAGGAUUUUGAGUCUCUAAAACCUCUAUAUUUUAAUAUAAAAAAAUUGCCAUUGUAUUG